AUGGGAGCUCAAACUUUCACAACCCCAACCUCAAAUUCACACAAUGCUCUCACAUUUCUCCUCCCAAUUCUCCUAUUGAUCUUCAUGCCAAACAUGCACACAGCCUUGGCAACUUCUUCUUCUUCUCAGACCUACAAAACCUACGUCAAAACUGCCUGCAACACAACCACAUACCCACUGAUUUGCUACAAAUCUCUCUCCUCAUACGCCUCCAAAGUCAAAUCCGAUCCUCAUAAGCUUUGUACCUAUGCCCUCUCCGUUACCCUAAAAGCAGCAAAAAACGCCUCUUCCGUAGUUUCAAAGCUUUAUAAAAAUACAGGAUUAACCCCAUCCGAGAAAGGGGUGGUCAAGGAUUGUAUAGACAAUAUUAAGGACUCCAUCGACGAGCUCAAACAGUCAGUGAGUUCCAUGAGCAAUUUGGGGGUUUCGGGUUCCGACGUGCAAUUACAAUUGGAUGAUAUAAAGACUUGGGUGAGCGCCGUCAUCACGGAUGACGCUACUUGCACGGAUGGAUUUGAUGGGGUGAAGGUAAGCACCGCGGUUGAGACCGCCAUCAAGAACAGCAUUGUGAAUGCUGCUAGGUUGGCUAGCAAUGCUCUUUCUCUCAUAGACAGCCUCAUUUACUAG